AUGUCUUCUCACUGUGAUUAUGAUCAGUUUCGAUCUCUGUCUUCUCAUUUAAAGAGUCAUCACGUUCACUUGAGAGAAGGUAAUAAAGAUGAAUAUAAGCUUCGAAAAGAGAAAAAACACAAGAAAAUUCAUAACCAUUUGGAAACUGAUUCAAAUAUUUCUCACAAGCAACCAAAAGGAUUUAAUUCAACAGAGUUUCGUAUUUGGUUGAGAGAAAAUAAAGAUAAAUUCUUUAAUGAACUGAGCUCUGAUCAAGUACACUGUUAUUUUAAGAAAUUCAUUAGUUCUUAG